AUGAGUGAAACACGUGAUACAAAACGAAUGACAAUGCUCGAUGAACGGUUUUUAUCGGAUACAGAUUUACAACAACGACAACAGGAACUUGAAAAUGAAAUUAAAAAGAUUGAUUUAUCAACAUUGGAGAUAACUGCAGAGGAUAUGAUUGAUGAAUGGUGUAAUCCAGAUGAACCUCGUGUAUUACGUUUUGAAGAAAUAGCUGCUGCAGCAUAUCGAAUCAAAUUUGGUGUUGAAAAAACACCAUGUACAAGUUCACAUAUGUCAAAAAUAGUUGGCAUGGAUUUAUAUUUUAAAAAAGAAUUUUUAUUACCUACAGGUAGUUUUAAAGAACGAGGUGCACGAAAUACUUUAAUGACAUUACCACCGGUUGAAAAAGCUAGAGGAGUCAUUGCAGCUAGUGCAGGUAAUCAUGCUUUAGCUAUUUGUUAUCAUGGUCGACAAUUGGGUAUACCAGUUGUUGUUGUAAUGCCUCGACAUGCACCAAUUAUGAAAGUGAAUAAUUGCAAAUCAUUCGGUGCUGUUGUUAUUAUUAGAGGAAUGAACUUGAAUGAAUCGAAAGGAAUAGCAUUAAAAUUGAGCAAAUUAUAUGGUUUACGAUAUAUUAAUGGUUUUGAUCAUCCACAUAUUUUAGCAGGUCAGGGAAGUUUAGGUCUUGAAGUUCUCGAUCAAGUUCCAGAUGUUGAUGCUAUUCUUGUUCCUACAGGUGGUGGUGGUCUUCUGGCUGGUAUAGCUGUUGCUGUUAAAUCACUUAAUCCACGUGUACAAAUUAUUUCAGUUGAAUCUGAACGUGCAUCUGGAUUUUAUGCAUCAACAAAAGCUGGUCACCCUGUUUUUACCGAAUGUCAAUCGACAUUAGCUGAUGGUCUUGCUGUUCCUCUCAUUGGUGCAAAUGCCUAUGCAACAGCAGCACCAUUAGUUGAUAAAGUUGUUUGUGUAAGCGAAGAAUAUAUUGCUAUUGCUAUUUUACGUUUGGUUGAAAUGGAAAAAGCUGUUGUUGAAGGAGCUGGUGCUACUGGUCUUGCAGCUGUUUUACAAGGGUUACUACCAGAAUUAAAAGGAAAAAAAGUGGUUAUACCAUUAUGUGGUGGUAAUAUUGAUACAACUGUACUUGGCCGUGUACUUGAACGUGGUCUUGUUGCUGAUAAACGUUUAUUAAAAGUUUGGUUAACUGUUAGUGAUCGCCCGGGUUCAUUAGCACAAAUGUGUAAAUUGUUUAGUACAGCUGGUGCUAGUGUUAAAGAUAUUUAUCAUGAACGUGCUUGGCUUAAAUCGGAUAUGUUUUCAGUUCAAAUUCAAGUUGUAUUAGAAGUACGUGAUAGUGAACAUGCUGCUGAACUAACAAGGAUUAUAUCUGAAACAUAUGAACAUGUUCAAUUUUAUAAUGAAAAUGCACAAUAA